GUCACCACUUCCCGCUGGUGCGGUCUGCAACCUCUCUCUCUCUCAAUUACCGGAGCUGUACUCUCCCGACUCCAUCGCUAGGAAAGAAGACAAGCCAUUUUGAUUCAGUUCGGAAAAUGGUCGAACGAGAUAAAGAGUGGGAUUUACACUUCCGGACCCUAUCUUCUAUGGCCAGAGAUUCCAAUUUCGCCAGCGAUCCUGCUUCCGAUCCUUCACUACUCAAUUCGGUGAAGAAGCUUCACGAACUGUGUAAAGCUGAGAAUUCUGAAGAUUUGAUAGCCAGGGUUUAUCCGCAGCUAAACAAGAUUUUCCAGCGCUCAGUGGCUUCAAUUUCUCAGUCUCGAACUUCUAACGGUCUUCUUUUACUGGCUAUACUUCAAUUUCAAUUUUCACUUGAUUUUGGAGAGGUCGUUUUGCAUGUUGCUGAUCCUAGUCUGAGUUCCUUCUUUCGUUCCUGCUUGAGCCGGUAUAAAAUUGUUUAGUUUCUACUUCUUGAAUAAUUUAUAUAUGCGGGAAAUUAUGUUUUCAUCUGUCAAUGAUUGUCUUUUUUGUUUUGAUGGAUCACAUGAACUAUUUGGAAAUCAAAGUUCUUUACUGUUGUGAGCAUAAUAGCAAAGAAUUACAUUUGGAGAGAGUGAAGAAUACAAAGCAAGGAAUUUUUUCUGUUUAGAAAUGUAGGGAGUCCAAGGAGAAAGUUUCAGGUUACUGCCUGGUGUCGCCCAUUCUCCAAUGACUUAAGAACGUAUAUAAAUGAUGAAGGGAACAAAUUUACGAAAGCUGUUUUCCUUUUCUUCCUUUUUUGAAUUGUUUGGGAUAGAAAUUGUUUCACAGUUUCCAUACCAAACCGUCGUACUCCCCUCCACCACACACACACACACACACAAAAAAAAGAAAAAAAAGAAAGUGAAACAUACUCAUAACCCUUCCUUUUUGUAUGCCUAGUGUUGGCUGAGGUGCGUGAGCACUCCACUUGCGGAAAAUCUCAUCAACAUAUUUUGACUUAUUUGAGAAGCAAGUGGAGGAGUAUCUAUAGACCUUAGAAAAUUGCCAUAGAUUGCGAUUUUGUCUAAUUUCUCAGACUUUUAAAACGAUAAAGAUGAUUUUGUGUUCAUGUACAUUGCAAAGCACGUCUUGAGUUGAAGGUGAGGUAUUUGUGGUACUUAGAUGAGCCUGAACGGAGCUUUAUCAUAUUCUUUUCUUUUCUUUUUUCUUUUUUUUUUCGUUUUACAUUUUCCAAGGUUCGCACUGACAAUAUCCUUUUCCCACUCAUUUUAGAAGAUUUCAUAGAGCCAAAGCUUGAUAGUUGCUUGUAUGAGAUGCCUCUUGAAUUGCCUAUGGCUCAAGAUGUUCAAGUGUGUAUUACGUUGGUACCUCAUCUAGCUACAAAGUUACUAAAAGAGGGGAGAGACUAUUUAGAACACCUUGAAGAUCCUUUGGGAAUGAUGUUCACUCGAGAAAGUCUGGGGUAUGAUCUUGGACAUGUGGUGAAGUUGAAUUUUCUCUAUGCGAAGGUUGAUGAUUCUUGUAACGUUUUGGAACCAAGUGUAGUCACCUAUGUUGAGGAAGUGUUGAGCCUUAAGAGGCAUGGCAAAUGUGUGAUUUCUAGGCACAUAAGCAAGGACGCGGUGGAUGUACACAAAUGGAAACUCGUAUUGAAGAUGGGUUAUUGCAUGAUCGUGGCAUGGAUCCAGAAAUGCAGCUGCAUGCCUACUUUGGAGCUGCAUAAUAAAUAUUUCUAAAGUUCUGUGUUUUCCUUGAUUUUUAGUUGUUUUGAGUCAUUUUGUCCAACUUGAGGACAAGUUGUUUUCUUUAGAGAGGGUGUAUGAUGCAGUAAGAUUUAGGGAUAUUGUUGUCAUUUUAGUGUCUUUAGUGUGUGUAGGGUUUUGAGUCUAUAAAUAGGUG